UCCUCUACCAGUUGCAGUACCUGCCAGUAGUGACUGAACUUCCGUUGUAGAACUCGUAAACCAGUAAACGUCCGAAUUCUGGUUGUCAAACUUAAUGUUUAUGCGGUGCCGCCUGCGUUUGGAAACAAAUACGUUGAACUCGCCCAGUUAAUACUUUUGUAAAUAUUGUUGUGUACAAAGUUGGUGCCUCAAAAUGAACAAGAAGUGCGCUCGGUGUGAAAAAACGGUGUACCCGAUAGAAGAACUCAAGUGUUUGGAUAAGAUAUGGCACAAGACGUGCUUCAAGUGCAAGGAGUGCGGCAUGGCGCUCAACAUGCGCAACUACAAGGGCUUCAACAAGGACCCCUACUGCGAGGCUCAUAUUCCCAAGGCGAAGGCAACCACAAUGGCUGAUACACCAGAGUUGAAACGCAUCCAAGAAAAUACUAAACUGCAAUCCAAUGUGAAGUAUCAUGCUGAGUUUGAAAAAGCAAAAGGCAAGUUCACACAGGUUGCAGAUGACCCAGAAACACUGAGGAUCAAGCAGAAUUCAAAGAUCAUAAGCAAUGUUGCAUACCAUGGAGACUUGGAGAAAAAGGCAGUAAUGGAGCAAAAGAGGGUCUUAACAGGGGAAAAUGGAGACACGCCAAUCGAUGAUGCUGCAGGCUCAGUUGCUGAAUAUUCUAACCAUGCCAAUCAUCGUGAAGAACCUGCUGUUUCACAUCCACACUACACACAACCACCAGUUCAACAGCCUAUUUACCAUCCUCCCCCUCCAUCACAACCCGCUCAACAUGUCACACAGAUGAGCAGUGGGUAUGGUCAUGUGCCAGCUCCUCAUCAGCCUGGCAAAAUAGCUGAUUAUGAUCCAUUAAGUGGUGCACCUCGCAACUCCCCUUAUUCUGCCCGACAAGCUUCAACUCUCAUCUAUUCCUCAGGCCGUGGUGCAGUAACAGCCCAACCUGGUCGACGUAUUGGUUCCAUUGCCGAUCUAGAUCCAGUUAAUGAUUUUUAUGGAUCAAUUGCUACUGAUUAUAGAUCUAGCAAUAACAAUUCAAACCAUAACAAUAACCAUGCAGCAGCCAGUGGUUACCCUCAGAAUCGGCACCAGUCCUCUGCCCCUGUGCACCAGCAGUACCCAGUACAAGCGCCUCCACAGCAGUAUCAACCUCCUCCAAGUCGCUCUGGGAGAGUCUACCGCGCAAUGUAUGAUUAUGAAGCUCAAGAUCGCGACGAAGUUUCUUUCCGUGAUGGCGAUAUGAUUGUAAAUUGCACUCCGAUUGAUGAGGGCUGGAUGACUGGUGUUGUACAACGCACGGGGCAGAGUGGCAUGCUUCCUGCCAAUUAUGUGGAAGUGGCUCAUUUGUAGAGUGGCAUAAGUUCAGUAUUCAAAGAGUCAAAGAGUUGCCAGUCAUAACUUGUCUAUCACACAUACGGUGAAAUGUACACCUCCACCCUCCUGGCGUCCCCCCCCCCUUCCCCCCCUCCUAAAAAAAAUUCCCUUUCAGGGGUCAUAAUCUUUGCUCAUUAGAUGUACCUCAAAUGAGAUUACAUGUUAAGGUUUCUGGUUAUCAUGCAGUGUUUCAUUCAUUAGUUUCAUGUAUUCUAUUGACAACAGCUUUGUCAUCUUCUGUGGUCGGUCAUUCCCAGCCAGAAGUCCCUGUGUUCAUAAUCUUGAUUAACCUGAAUUGGGUAUCCACUCAAUGGUAAUAAUGGGUCGAUCAGCAUUAUCAACAUUGGAUUUCAGGCUUUCUUUGGCAACGAUUACUAUGUUGCUAAAUUUGUAUCGACACUUAUUUUCCAAUCAUUAUUAUUAUUAAUUGUGUUCUGUACUAUCAUGAAUAGUUGAGUUUUUAAAUUUUUUUAAAAAUAUUUUCAUGUUACCAUUGUUUACCUCAUACUCUCGGUGCCUUAUGCUUUUGAAUUGUUUUCAAUAUCUAUCUGUUGUUGUUUUGAACAGUUUUGGGGCAGUUUUUAAACAUUUUGUUCUUUUAGUACUUUGUACCAUCCUGACCUUCAAUGAACCUUUUGACCAUCUUUUCUAGAGAAGAGUUGUUUGAAGGAUUUUUGUUUGAUUUUCUUUACCAAAUUUUAGUCUCGGUUCAUUUUUAAAUUAGAGACUUAAUGUGUUUUUAGAUGGUUUUAUCAGGUUUUGUAUAUUUCACAUCAGUCACUGUUAUUUGAUUUAUUGAUUUAUUUCAUUAUACAUAAUUUUGUGUGAAUGUGAUUGUUUACUAAGAAUGAAUUUGAAGCUUAGAAAUGAAUUGACUGGUAUGUGUCACGAACAGAGAAAGUGGAAUAUUUAUUGAAAGUGUGUGGUGAAGCGCAGCCUAUGCUUCACUUUAUUUGACCUUGUCUACAAAUUGCUGCUUGCGAUUUUAUCCACAAAAAAAAUCUGUUCCCAGAUAUUUUGCUUUUUCAGUAUGUCUUCUGGCAGCUGUUUCUUGUUAUGAGAUUUUGAGUGUGCUUGUCUUCAUUGAUGUAGCACAAUGAAGUUGGCACCAAUAGCAGUAGCAUGUGUGCUUUUUUGCUUUCUCUUAUUUUAACUCAGGCAUCAGGUUCAGGGGACAAAAAAAAAUCCAUUCCUUGUCAGAAUUGCAAAGCACCACAUAACUUGUUUUUAUCUUAAUGUUGUUCACUGUUAGAGUGCUGUGAGUGCUCCAUUCACCCUCGUGAUUAGGAUUGAGCAUUGAUAACACUCUCUGAGUGAUGAGAGAUUUAUGGUUCAUUGUUAGACACUGUCUGAGACUACUAUAAAGUGCAUGACAUUUUCAGUAUUAGAUAUUUGGGACUUGUUAAAUCACAAAUGAAAUAGAUAGCACUCAAACUCUGUACAGUUAGCAUGCAAGUAUUGACCUUUCAAUAUCUUUGUGAAUUAAGACUUUGAAGGUUUUGUCUCAUGUUGUCAUAUGUUGCAAGUUAAAGUUGUUUCAAUCCAGUUAUUGGACUCAAUUUAAAUUUCAUGUUAGUCAAUAGCUUUAAGGAAGAAAAUAAAACAGGAUCAAAGCAUGAUUCUCUCAUUAUGUUAAAUAGAAUUGUAGUUAUGUACAGAGUACAGGGUGUUUUUGUACAGAUGACUCUUGCCAUUCUAAAGAUCUGUUGUCUAUCAAGUACAAUUGAUGUUGAUAUGUGUUAGAUUGCAAGUAACUUUAACAGUGUUGAUGUUUCUUGUAUAUGUUUUUACUGGAAUGGAACAAUCCUGCAUAUAUUAUUGUUAUACUAUAAUCAGAUUUUUGAAGUUUUCUGAAUCACAUAUAUUUAUGAGCAGGUCCGUUAAUAAGGUUGGGAGAAUGCUGUUUCUCCAACCGUGUUGUAAAUAAUGACCGUAUUGUGCUUUGUCACAUGUUCUUUUAAUUGUUCUCUCUAAAGUAUGAGUAUUCAUUGAUUAGCAAAUUCUGGAUGUUUUCCUCAAUGCUCAGUUUUAUCUCUUGUAAAACUAAUGAAAAUAAAUGUUAAAUUAAACAAA